ACUUCGUUGGUAAAGAUGGCGGUAUAUACAGUGUUCGUGCUAUGCGUCUUCUGCUUCCAAUAUGUUUUGGGGAAUAGUCAGCUGCCUCUCCAAGACGAUUACCAUGGAGCGAAGCCGACGAGAGGAGAACCAUGGCCGUUGCCUCAAAUCUAUACACCAAGCGCUGAAACAUUCUCCUUGAAUUAUUUGUCGUUCGAGUUCCAGGUGACUGGUUCAACCUGCGAUACCCUGGCUGCUGCGAUUCGACGCUACGAGGAAAUAAUCUUCGGAGACCAUGCAAAGAUUGACUCACGGCUUAAGUUCUUCCCGAAAUUUCAGCGUUUUAGUUCUGCCGAUGGAAAUGUGAACAAACUUAGUGUUCAUGUGCAGGAAACAUGUGAUACUGCCGGAAAUAAUUACCCGUCUCUGGAAUCCAAUGAAGCAUAUAACUUGACUGUGGAGAGUCCUAAUUCCGAGUUAAUUGCCAAUUCAGUAUGGGGAGCACUGCGGGGUCUAGAAACAUUCAGUCAACUGAUUUAUGAAGGUUUGGAAGGCCAGCUCGAGGUCAAUAAGACUACCAUUCAGGAUUUCCCACGAUUCAAGUACCGAGGGCUUCUUCUUGACUCCGCGCGCCACUUCCUGUCCGUGGAGAUCCUCAAGAAGAACCUGGAUGCUAUGGCUUACAACAAGUUCAACGUUUUCCACUGGCAUAUUGUAGAUGACCAGUCGUUCCCUUACGAAAGUGUCCUGUUCCCUCAGAUGAGUGCUAUGGGGUCCUACUUUGGCCUUUCCCACACCUACACCCAAGCAGAUAUCAAAGAUGUUGUAGAACAUGCUAGGCUGAGAGGGAUCAGGGUCAUUCCUGAGUUUGACACACCAGGUCACACCCAGUCCUGGGGGAAGGCUAUACAGAACUUGCUGACAAAAUGUUAUACCUCUGGCAAACCCAAUGGUAACUAUGGACCUAUUGAUCCGUCCCUCAACUCAACUUAUGACUUCCUGAAGAAAUUCUUUGGAGAGGUGGCAGAGGUGUUCCCCGACCACUACAUCCAUUUGGGUGGGGAUGAGGUGUCCUUCUCCUGUUGGCAGAGCAAUCCCCAGGUCACAGAUUUCAUGAAGAAAAUGUCAUUUGGUACAAACUACGCACAACUGGAGCAGUACUACAUGCAAAACCUGCUGACCAUCAUCAAUUCACUGAACAAGGGCUAUCUGAUUUGGCAGGAGGUCAUUGAUAAUGGUGCUACAGUGAGACCGGACACCAUUGUUGAGGUUUGGAAGGGUGGUUACCAGGCAGAAUUAGCCAAGGUUACAAAGAUGGGCUACCAUGCCCUCUUGUCAUCCUGCUGGUAUCUUAAUCUCAUUGCGUAUGGUAGUGACUGGAAGCGUUAUUAUGCCUGCGACCCCUGGGACAUGGUCAACGGUACCCAAAAACAGCUAGACCUCGUGAUUGGAGGGGAGGCAUGCAUGUGGGGCGAAUAUGUAGACAACACAAACGUCAUCUCUCGUACAUGGCCUAGAGCUGCAGCUGUUGGUGAAAGACUGUGGAGUAACAUGAAAGUCCGAGACGGUGCAAAGGCAGCUCCACGCAUGGCUGAACACAGGUGUCGUCUUAUAAGACGAGGAAUCCAAGCAGAACCUGUCAAUGGGCCAGACUUUUGUGAGCACGAGUAUCGUGGGGUGUAGUAACCCGGGGACAAAGUACUCUGACGGAAUAUCUGAUCAGAUCGGUCUGUCAAUCUACAUUUAAUAUGGAGACAAUUUUAAUUAUCGCUUUAUCUGUUUACUAGGCAAACACUUUUUUCACUGAAAAUUGAACAUAUGAUUAUAAUAAUAUUAUGCACUGUAUCUCCACAAAAAAUGAACUCACAGGUAACUUUUGGCUAUGUCUCAAAAUGACCCUGACUGUUCAUAUAGCAUAUAUCUCCACACAGGGUUAGAUAAAAGUUAUAUCUACACAUUCUCUCUUCAUAAAAAUGUAAGAAAAAAAAUCUGUAUAUAGAUAAGUUGUAAGUUAAUUUCAUUUCACAAAGAUUUUAUUGGAAAAAAAUCAAUGGUAACAGGCAUGUUUUGACUUCUUUUCUUCCCAUCCGAAAAUUUAUCGACAUAUCUUUAAAUAAAUAGAUCACAUGCUGACAUAAAUGGAAACACUGGUAACAUGGGUGAAACUGUUCAGAAUACUGAGUAGUUCAGUAUAUCGGAAAUAUUUCCUCCCAUAUAAAUCAUGUUCAAUUUGGUAAAACCAGCAAUUUCAGCAAUCAAGAAUCGGGACACAUUCACAAUUGCAUUUACAUUUUUACAUAUGUGAUGUGUCUUCACUUUGUGUAGUAAAUUUAUCAUAAAUAUCACGGUUGAGUUUAAUACUAAUUUUAUUUUUUUAUUCGGUUCUACGUUUAUAUAUAAUGAUAGACAAAUCAUAAACAAAUUAAAUUGAAUAAGGAAAUUUUUCAACUUCAUCAAAAUCUGUCCCCAGAAGGUUUAUCUCAGAAUGAAGGACUCAAAUUGAAAUUGAGCAAAUGCCAGAAAGCAAUACUAUUUAUGAUGAGGUGUAUCCAUUCUAUAUUCAGAGAUUUUAAAAAAGAACCAUAAUGAUUGUAUGUCCACGUAUUUUUUCCUGGACUACAAGAACAGUUCAGUGAACAGUUGACAAGAGUGUAAAACCAAACGUAAUCAUUGUAUGACCUUGAUACAUACAUAAUUAUAUUGUUUUCUUGUUACAUAUUAAUAUUUACUGUAUAUUGUGUACAUAUUCAGAAAAAUGUGGGUGUUUUUUUUAUGAGAUGAUUGCUUUAAGUUUCUAACAACAACUUGGUGUAGUUUUCGUGAUUGAUGUUGUGAAUUGUCUUCUUUUUUUUUUACAUUGCAUUUUCAGAGUUUUGUAUUUUACAAUAACUUUAAAGUGAUAAAGUUCAUAAGAUGAACUAGAUUAUGUGAUAUAUUUUCCUCACAAGUGCCAUGGAGUUUUCAUACAUUCCAUUCCUAAUGCCUACUCUCGUCUCUGCAACUUGAUAAUGUGACAGUUGUUUUAACAAAAGGUUGCUGUAGGUAUUUUCACCUCUUGCAUCAUUUUAAAAACUGCUGAAAAAAGAAUAAAAUAAAAAUGAUUGAAAUAUUGUAUUUUGUUUGAUUCCAACAAACAAUUUACCUGAGAGAUCGUUAACGAUUCCUAUUGUUAUAGUAUUUGAGUGUUAUUGUUAAUUAUCUACUAGUGCUGCUGACUUAUUUCUAAUGAUAAAUUAAAAAGGAGAAGGACUGUGGCAUAAAUGUUUUUAAAAUGUUGAAAAAGAUUGAUGACCACUGAAUGAAAUUUGAAGUAAUUUUAGGAUGCUACGAGCUACCAGACUUUGAUAAGUCCUUAGUGCUACUGUGUGUCUGUUGUAUGAUAUAUAGAUAUUGAUUUACUUUUAAUCACUGUUAUCUAAUGAAAUGAAAAAUUUGUGUUAUUUGAGGGUCUGUUAGAUGAAAUGAAGAUAAUAUCUCUCAUUCAUUGGAUGAAAUUAAAGUCAUAUGAUCUACUAUAUUCAUGUGUAAAAAAGAUGUCCAGUUUUCUGGGAUAUCAGGUUUAAUUGAUUAAAUGAAAUUAAAGAUACUGUACAGUAAUUUAUUUUCAUUGAAAUUAUUGGAAUGGACGAGAUAUUGACAACAGCUUUCAUUCAAAUGAAAAUCUGAGCUAAUCAAUUAUGCAUCAAUUAUAUCCCAGAGGCGGACGCCCUGACCUAAAUUGACAGUUAAUUUGAUGUGUAUAAAUACACUAACAUUUGCUUUAUACAUAUAUGAUCAAUGCUUGUUGUGAAACCAUGGAUAGACAUUUUUACUUGACUUUUGAUUGUUCAGAAACAACAGAAGAAACUACCUAUCUGCUAAAAUUAUCAACGAACAAAUACAUACAAUACAGUGUUUGCUCAUUUCUGAAUAAAAGAUAUUGAGGUGUU